CCUCACCUGCUCGAGGACGAUUAUUCUAUCUGCACCUUAAGCCAGUCACUUCCUAAGCUGCCUUGCUUUCUUGACACCAACACCUCCUCCCCCCAACUGAAUUGCUCAGAUCAGUUCAGCAUCUUGUCUUGUUCAAUCAGGACUCAGUUGUUCCGUCCACUGCAGUCCGUCCUCUUCCCCCUCAGCCGCAAUCUCUCCUACCCAACCCCUCCAGAGUCCAUCUUUCUGGGGUUACUCGACCUCAGUGAGCCGAUGUUCUGGACGGCAACGUCAACACCUUGUACAAUCCCUACAGAACUCUGAUUCCCAUCUCUCUCUCGACCUUCCUCGCCUAAUCUCAUCAUGGCGGAAGGUGAUCUCUCAGGUUUGUUUUAUAUCCACGUCAUACAAACGUCCGAAGAUACGAUUGAGCCUUUACUGAUCUUGUUCCCUUAUAGCAACCUUCAUCCUCCGAAAUACCGACCGGCUCGAUACCAUCCCCGAUAGAGUCAUUAAAUUGACUGCACCGGACUGGCAAAUUAAGAUUGGUCGUGGUACCACCAGUGGUGACCAGGACCUCCAGCCCUCCAAGGAAAAUGCCUUCUUCGACUCGAGAGUCAUGUCGAGACAUCAUGCCAUUCUUACCGCCAAUCCAGAUAAUCGGCAAUUCAUCAUCGAAGACAUUGGCUCCAUGCACGGCACCUAUUGCAACUCGAGAAGAUUGAAGAGCAAUAUUCCAGAGCCAAUCUACAAUGGAGAUACUCUUGUCUUUGGCUCCGAUGUCACUCGAGGCACAUCAUCUUUCAAUGCACUGCAAGUCUUGGUCACUGCUUAUUGGUCAGAUACAGGCGCCCCGCUUCCCAGUUCCGGAUGGCCUGUCCUCCAGCCUCGGAAUACGUUCUCGGCAGACUACACCGACGACGACAAUGACGGAGACGAUCAUGCGGACAUUCAUGUUCGUCACAUGGAACAAGACAGUCAUGCGGAUAUUCGGUUCGAAGGGAAUCCCGCUUCCUCUGAGACUGGAUAUUUUCCGAUUGAGGACGAUGACGAAGUCGAGGUUGUAGAGGUUGUCAAAGAAUCGAUCCGUUCUCCCAGCGUCGAAGUCGUUAUCCCUCCUUACAACGAAAGCAUCGCAGACUCUGAGUAUCCAGACUCCGAUGGUGCGUUCUCAAUCGACGAACCACAAUCCAGCCCCCUCGCGACUAGUGAUGAGGACGAGGCUCACAAAUCUGCUGAGGCGAAGUUCACUUCUCUCGAUUCUCCGUCCGACACCCUUCGAAUCACAAGCACAUCCUACAUCAGCCACGUUGAACGAUCUGAUAGAGAUACGGUGUCCAUGGCUCACAGCAGUGAUGAGAGUGCCGUCACAAACCACGUUGAUGCAGAUGUUGCACGUCAAUCUGUCCAACCUCGCCCAGCAACAUCGGGAUCACAUGCUCCGGCUGACAUCAUCAUGCACGAUAACUCCCAUGUCGACCAAAGCUACCUCGCUCCUCCCUUCGCACACGAUGGACUCCGUGCUCCAAGUCCCAGCGAUGCCGCAUUGGCUAAGCCACGACCUGCAGUCCAGGAUAAUCAGCCUUUCUUGCGGAUUGAUCCGUUCACGGGCAAUAUCCACCCUCCCACCCUCCCACCUCUUUCACGUACUGGAUGGGCAGGUCACAAUUCCAUCCUCUACGACCCUUUGCCACCACCGACUACCUACUCCCAUCCUUAUCCAGAGCAUGCUCAUGUUGUGCCUUUCAUGUACGGUACUCUGGAAGGAGAUGUUAUGUUGUCCCACGAUACGGGAAAUGACGCUAAGGUACGUCAUUAUGAGCUCCAACGCUCAAAGCGCAAGGCCCACGAGAUCUCCGGCGAUGAAGAUCACGGUGCUUCAUUCACACAAGCCUCCUCAAGCUCUGAUUAUUCAACGAGAGCUGUUGCUGGAGAUGAAGAGGAGAUCUUGCCCGCGGAGGCUACCAUUCCAGUCGAUCAUACCAGCGUUCAUGUUGAGGUUGAGGAAACUGGUGAUGACGAUCCACGGAAAAAGGUGAAGAUUGAUCCAAGCCUAACCCAACAACACAACCGCGGAAAGACCUUUUUCAAGUAUGCUGCUGCAACAAUGGCUGGAUUUGCAAUCGGCACGGCUAGUACGAUCGUUGGCCUGGCUUCCCUUCCACAAGAUUACUUUUCUUGAAGUGAACAUGUUCAUCCAGUGGCAAAACAUUCACGACGACUAUCGCGGGGUCAUCUGCGUAGGAAACGAACUCACGACUGGAAUCCAUGACCGGCGAAAGGGAUUCAUGAUGGUGUUCUGUAUCAUGGGAAGGGAUGCUUGGAAAUUCAAGCUAGUGGUUUCAUCGCUGGAAGUAUGGGUAUGGAGGUUUCAAUCAUCGUUUUGUUAUUACACGAACACACACGCAAUGCUCACCUUGCUGGCUGAUGCAGGCAGUGGUGAAGUUCGGCAGGGGAUUCGUUUGCCCGCGCCCCGGAGGACCAAUUUGCGAUUGUUAUUGCUGCGGUCGUGAACAGGCGAACUGGUCACAUCCCGGGCAUCAAUCAUAGCAUACGCAUUUAACUGGGUCGACUCGAUACGUCUAAUUGAUUUCCUUGUGCAUCUG